AUGAAAAGCGAGACACAUCAUCUCUACUGUUGUAAUUUUUUUUGGCAUAUUGUAGAUAUUCUAACUUUGGACAAUCUAGCUGAAGUUAAACCGAAGAAACACACAAAGAGCAAGCCAAAAGAACACAAGGCCAAAAAAAUCAAAGUUGAGAAGGAUCAUGAUAUGCUUGAGAAUCCGCCGAGUUCUUUUUCUCUCUUAUGGGAUAAGUUUGGCAAAAAUUUUAAAGAAGUAGAUCAAAAUUCUGGUGUUAAUAAAAUGGCUAUUAAAGCAUGGAACUCCAUGAGUAAUGAAGAUAAACAACAUUAUUUGGAUAAAGCAGCUAAGCGCAAGGCAAAACAUGAGAAACUUAAGAAAAAAGGACAAAAAGUUGAAUACUGUAAAAGGAUGCAAGAUUUGAUGAAGAAAGAGAAGGAAAAUAAAUUUGUAGAGUGUCAACAACUUGGAACAAAAAGAAUCAAGCAGAAAACAAAAUUGAAGGCUGAUAAUAUGGUUGGAUGAAUAGGAAUAGUGCACUGGGAUAUUUUAUAGAGUACAUGUUACAUUGGAUGAAAACUUGUAAUCAUUUUAGUAUGACAUUCAAAUUUUGUUGCAUAGUUCUAAUUGUGUUGCAUAUUUCAUUUUCAUUAUGCAAGAAUAAGAACAGUGAAGGGGGAAAUUGUAGAGUAUGUAAUUCAAACUUGUUAUUAAAACUUGUAUCUAAUAUUGGUUAAUUCAAA